UCAUUUCUCCGUUUCAAAAGAAAUCUACAUUCAUUUCGCCACCACCCACGCGCCGCCGUCACAGUCGGCCAAGCUUCCGUCAGACUUCUGAAAGUGGCGAUGAAUGAUUUUCUUCUGAUAUUAUAGCAAACUGUCAGCACUCGCUCAGCAUGUCAUUUUCUCGGCUUUGUAGAGGAACACAUCUUUUGUCUUCCUCUAAGGUCUCUAUUUGUCAGGCUCCUUUCUUAUCCAGGCACCUUGAUGCUGUGGGCUCAAGAUACAGUUCUUAUAUUGGAGAAAGUAAUAGCAUUGUCUAUCGGACACCGUUUGGAUUCAAUCGUCAGUGUUUUGGGUCGAAGCAUGGAUACAAUUUGAGAACUUACAGUGCAAAAAAGUCCAUUCCCAUUUAUGUUGGCCGGCAAUAUUCUACUCAGGCUUCUACAGAGAGGAAAUCGAAUAAGAUGCUUUUUUACCUGACCGGAUUGGUCUUUGCUAUGGUAGGAUGUAGUUAUGCUGCGGUUCCUCUAUAUAGGAGAUUUUGUCAAGCUACAGGUUAUGGGGGUACUGUUCAGCGUCGAGAGAGUGUCGAAGAAAAGAUUGCGCGACAUACGCAGGAUGGCACUGUCACAUCCAGAGAGAUUGUCGUGCAGUUCAAUGCUGAUGUGGCUGAUGGAAUGCCAUGGAAGUUUAUUCCAACACAGAGAGAGGUGAGGGUUAAACCAGGGGAGAGUGCCCUUGCAUUUUAUACUGCUGAAAAUAAAAGUGCAACUCCGAUAACUGGUGUAUCCACCUAUAAUGUUACUCCAAUGAAGGCUGCAGUUUACUUCAAUAAAAUACAGUGUUUCUGCUUUGAAGAGCAACGGCUUCUUCCUGGGGAACAGAUUGACAUGCCCGUGUUCUUUUACAUAGACCCCGAGUUCGAAACGGAUCCAAAGAUGGAUGGUAUCAACAACUUAAUUCUGUCCUACACAUUUUUCAAGGUCUCCGAAGACAAGUAGUGCUGCUCAGUCGUUGCCGUUGUUGGGACCAUAAGGUGAUUGAUUCUCUCUUUGGUUCUUCAAAAGAGCUGCUUCAUUACUGUAGGUCAAUAACACAGAAAGGAACCCUCAUUAUAUCUAUCGAAAGCUCUUGCAUUGUUUUUAAUUGAAGAAAAAAGAAAAGUCCAUUGAAGGAUAUCUGAAGCACUUUCUUUUUCUUAUUAUGUAGACCAAUUUCAGUUUCUGUCACUUGGUGAAAUAAAGUGGGAUCUGGUGGUCUGGCAUGGAUAAAUUUUUGUAUACAAUUACCAAUGUAAAGAAUUUGAUUAACUUUUUCGAUGAUAUGAUCACAGCGUCACAUUCUGCCAA